CAGCCCCCGACCACGUCCCCACGCCACCCACAACAGCCCCCGACCACGCCCCUGCCACCCACCACCUUCACUCCUGACUCCCUGGACGUAUAUAACAUGGCAGGUCCGCCUUACUAUGACACCAUCCCGCCCAGUGUCAUCCGGGGGGAGGAGUCCGCUACACCCAUGUCGCCGCCCACCACGCCGCCCCCACCGCCCGCCAUCACCCCAAAAAUUCGGCGGCCAGUGUCCACCCCCAGACCCAGGUGGCCCUACAGACCUCCGUCCUCUGUGCCUGCCUUCGUGACUACUGCACUCGACGACCGGGACCCCUGGGUCACCAGUCACAGCAGCCAGGAAUCCACCCUCUCAAACAGUCCCGGUGACUUUGACUGGUUCAACAACUGGAAUAUAAAUUGGAAUCAUGAUUGGAACGGCGGUGACUGGAGUAAUAAGUGGAACUCCGACAUCUCCAGCAGGAAGGACACCACGUCCCCGACUUCUCUCAUCGUCACGAACUCGAGGAAUAGCCUAGACGUGUACGACGACGAAGACGAGGCACGUUUUGACUUGCCUCAGGCAGAAGGAACUGAAAACAGCCUACUUGCGGACCUCUUGUUGAACCACAAAUUCCCAAGAGGUCCCGCGACUCGCCACAGAUACCCUGAGAGGUCACAGACCGAAGAUGAAUACCCUGAAACAACUCGGACUAAGACUAGAUACCCUGAAACAUCUAAAGCGAACAGAAAAUACUCGGAAAAUCCUCCAAGAAUGAACAAAUACCCUGAAACGGGUUUCACAGAGAACAGAUACCCUGAAAGACCUCCAGAAACGAGCACAUAUCCUGAAAGGCCUCAAAGAGAGAACAAGUUCCCUGAAAGACCUCCAGUAAAUGAAAGAUAUCCUGAAAAACCUUUAAUAACGGACAUAUACUCAGCAAGAGCUUCAGCAGAAGAACAAUAUCCUGAAACUCCCAGACAGGACAGGUACCCGAUGAGAACCAGACACCCUGAAGUACCACUGAAAGAGGACACACACCCUGCAACAACGACGACCAGGUACCUUGAGACACACCUAACAGAGAGUGGGCAUAGUGGACAUCUUAAAAUACCCGCAGUACAAGUCAGGCACCUCCAGGGACCCCGAACGAAGACCAGACACCCCGAGAGACUACCGACGAAGACCAGACACCCCGAGAGACUACCGACGAAGACCAGACACCCCGAGAGACUGCCGACGAAGACCAGAUACCCUGAGAGACUACCGACGAAGACCAGACACCCACCACUAACGGCGAAUGAGCGAUAUGGUCCUGUCAGCCUAGAACGCCCUCUGGCAUCUCCGAGGCCCUCUAGGAAGCAACAGAGAGUUCCGGUGGUCACGGUAGAGCAAAGGAGAGGCGCCGUGGCUACUGGAGGCGAACGUGGGGUGCCGGAGACGUCGGUGGGGAUUCAUGGAGGAUCUUGGUAUACCGAAGAACGAAAAAGGCAGCCCUCAGUAGCGUAUCAAAGCAGUAGAACACCUGGGGAGUCUCGCGACACUACCUGGGAUGAAUCACGCCCUCUACACCGUCCUCCGCCAUCCCUCCGUCAGGCAGCUCCUCCCAGACCUGUUUUGACCUGGCAGACGGCAAGGGAAGCAGGAGGACAACCCAGAAGAGGAGGAUGAAGGAGAAAAAGAAAAAGAGAAGAAAAGGUGAGAGACGAGAAUAAAGAAGAAAAAGAAAAUCAGAGAGAGAGACGAGGAGAUAAGCACAACAGUAGGUGAUAUAAUUAAUACUCUCUGUAUACAUAUCACCACACACCCACACAGAGUUUCAGAUAUAAUCACUAUGCUCAUUAUAUGAGUUAAUUCAACCUCUGAUGGUUUGAACGUGAGAUUUGUGAAUGAAAUGUUUUAUACCAAAGAUACCUUUUCUUGUCUCUUAAUGAUUUGUGUUUUAAAAUUUCGUAAUCGUGUUUUUCCAUAAUUCACAUUUUUCUCGUUAGUGUAAAGUCCUCGGGUGUUGUCAAAUUGUGGUGUUGUUGCAGUGAUGUCUUUUAUGUUCCAUUUCCCCCUUGUUUACGUGUAUAUAAUCGUGUUAUGCAUCCAUGUAUAUCCUGCUGGUCGGGUAGUGUGAGCAGGGCCGAACUUAGGACAAAAAGGAACCAAGAUAAGGAUUUAGUUGAAGGAUACUUGUGAUGUUAAAAAAAAUUGUAUGCCACUACCAACACCAUCUAUACUUCCAGGAAAUUUUGACGUUUUUAUAUAUUUUUUUCUUUUUUGGGGGGGGGGGGGACAGAGAUACAGGUGUAGUAAGAAUAAUGUAAAAUUAAGAAUAUAUUAACUACAUUAUUCAGUGUUAUUAUUUCGGGCAACAUCGGCAAAAGAUCAUCAUUCAAUUCAUUUAAACUUUAUGAAGUUUUAACCUACUUAUUUUCUAUAAAAAAAAGGGUGGGAAAUAUUUUUUAUUUUGUCUUAUAUUUUAUUUUAUUUUUAUUUUUUCCUUCGAGUUUAUUUUUAUUGUUAAAAUCUUGGAGGACCUGUUUAACUCAACCAUAGGUGUAAGUUGUAAUAAAGUGUUAAAACACUGUAA